AUGCGGCCGUUCGUGCAUGGUCGCAGAGGCUGCAAUCGGAGAGAGGGCAUAGCUUGGCAGAAGGACAUUAGAGUGGAUAAGAAUUUGUUUCGAGCCUUGGUGCAGUUUUGGAAUUCUGCGUACAAGUGUUUCACUUUUGGAGAAGUGGAUUUGGUACCUACCAUGGAGGAAUACACUACUUUGCUCAGGUGUCCCAAAAUUCAAGUCCGGAAGACUUAUGCUUGGGUUUUUAGUAGUCAGACUUUCGUGAAGAAACUGAUGAGCAUUUCUGGGAUGAGCGAGCCUUGGGCUUUGAGGCACGUGGACGAGGCGGUCAUUGACUUGUUUGAUCGCCUUGAAAAGGGAAUCACCCCGGUACCGGCAAUAUUGGCAGAAACGUUCAGAUCUUUGAGCUCAAUUAGAAAGACAGGCAAGGGGCGAUUCAUUAGAUGUGCACAAUUAUUGAUGGCAUGGUUUCAUGGGCACUUUUGGAAGGUAGACAAAGUUUCCUAUCGAGUCUUCUCCGAGGGUUAUUUCCCAUUGAAAGAAGAAGCAGCUAUACAGAGGAGAGAGGAUAUUUCAGAGGAAAAGUGGAUGGACAUUCUUCAUAACCUCAAGGAGGGGGAUAUCGAGUGGAGAGCUUAUUGGAUGGUUCCUGACGAGAUCAUGUACCGAUGCGGUAACUUCGAUUGGGUGCCAUUGUUAGGAAUUUGGAGAGUUACCGGGUAUACUCUACUAUUAGCCUUGAGGCAAUAUAAGUCGAGGCAGUUUGUACCCACGACUUAUGGGCUUGCUCAGAGUGAAUUCUCAUUUAAAGGUGCUCAUUAUAAGAAGAGAGUUCGGGAGUUAUCGGAUGCUUGGAAGCAAACUUGUUGGAUGAAGAGGUUAGUCGUCGGUUCCAUAGUAACGCCCGAGUAUAGCGAGUGGUUUAGAAAGAGGAUUAAUGAUAAUAUUCCUAGGCCAAGCAUGAAGAAUGCUCGACCUAUCGGGGAACAAUUACAAAUCGCCCCAUCAGAAUUGGAAAUUAUAAGGCAAGAUUUCGAGAAGAAGAGUUCGGAGCUCAGGAAGAAGAUCGAACAGUUAGAAGAAGAGAAGAUGCAUCUAAGGUUAGACGCUGAUGUUCAGAGGUCAGAGGCUGAGAAAUGGAGAAAAGGAAAAACUAAGGCCGAAGAAGACCUAAACAGCUUGAAGACAGACUACAAGAAGCUGCGCCUAUCUAUGAAGACUGCGGGUUUAGAUAAGAGUUUCGAACAAUGGCGCCACGAAAUUCGAGAAGAAAAAGCCAAUACCGAUAGGUGGGAAAGUAAAUUUCGAGAAGCUCAGGCACGAAACGAAGAUUUGGAGAAGAGUCUGUCGAAAAGCAGAAACGAGCGAGGUGAACUAAGGGCUAGAGUGGCAGAACUCGAGAAGUCUCUGCAUCAAUACUGA